ACGCGAGGAGCUGUCCACCGUUCUCGUGGUGCUGAAUGCCCCUCGCUCCCGCCCGCGGACUUGUGGAGGUGGACAUCAGGGCUUGGCCACACAGCGACUGGUGCAAGCCUGGUGGGACUGCGCCAUCUGUCUGCUGAACGAGAACCGGGCAGGGAGGUAACCAAAAACGGCGGCGGAACACGAGGAUGGGAGGCGACGUCCACGCGCAUUCGCAUCAGCAGCACACCCAGCUCCUGCGCCCUCUCCGUGCGCCUGCUGAGCUGAUGGGCUAAGCGCGCCCCUGGCAAGCGCCUCCUCCUCCCUGGACCCGCCCUCCCCAGUCCGAGCAGCUAGAGUAAGCGCCUUCAGCAUCUGGAUGGCAACCUCCUCAGCCCAGCUGCUGAACGGGCACCCGCGAAGAGGAUGGCAUGGCAUGACAAGGGAGCUCCUCGCCCAGGAGAUGGAAUUGAACUGAAGUCAAGCAGUUUUUAGAAGAGCUGUCUUCUUCCAUCAGAUCCAUCAUGGCUGCGGGUGUAGCAGCAUGGCUGCCCUUUGCCAGAGCAGCUGCCAUAGGAUGGAUGCCAGUUGCCAACUGUCCUAUGCCACUGGCCCCAACGGAUAAAAACAAACGACAGGAUGAGCUCAUCAUUCUGAAUGUGAGUGGUAGGCGCUUCCAGACCUGGAGGACUACCUUGGAGAGGUACCCUGACACUCUGCUUGGCAGCACAGAAAAAGAGUUCUUCUUUAACGAAGACACAAAGGAAUACUUUUUCGACCGGGACCCUGAUGUCUUUAGGUGUAUCUUAAAUUUUUACAGGACUGGAAAACUGCACUACCCAAGGUAUGAAUGCAUCUCAGCCUAUGAUGAGGAGCUUGCCUUUUAUGGGAUCCUACCCGAUAUCAUUGGGGACUGCUGCUAUGAAGAGUACAAAGACAGGAAACGGGAAAAUGCUGAGCGGUUGAUGGAUGACAGUGACUCUGAAAAUAAGCAAGAGUCUAUGCCAGCUCUGAGCUUCCGGCAAACCAUGUGGCGAGCCUUUGAGAACCCCCAUACCAGCACCUUAGCCUUAGUCUUUUACUAUGUCACCGGCUUCUUUAUUGCUGUCUCUGUGAUCACCAAUGUAGUGGAGACUGUACCAUGUGGAACAAUCCCUGGCAAUAAGGAACUACCAUGUGGAGAAAGGUACGAAAUGGCUUUUUUCUGCUUGGACACAGCUUGUGUUAUGAUUUUUACAGUUGAAUACCUUAUGCGACUCUUUGCAGCUCCCAGCCGCUACAGGUUCAUCAGGAGUGUCAUGAGCAUCAUCGAUGUGGUGGCCAUCAUGCCGUACUAUAUUGGUUUGGUGAUGACAGACAAUGAAGAUGUCAGUGGAGCCUUUGUGACUCUGAGGGUUUUCAGGGUGUUCCGGAUUUUCAAGUUCUCCCGUCAUUCCCAAGGCUUGCGAAUCCUGGGGUACACUCUGAAGAGCUGUGCCUCAGAGCUUGGUUUUCUUCUAUUUUCUCUCACUAUGGCAAUCAUCAUCUUUGCUACUGUGAUGUUUUAUGCAGAGAAAGGAUCUUCAGCCAGCAAGUUCACCAGCAUCCCAGCUUCUUUUUGGUACACUAUUGUCACCAUGACAACUCUUGGUUAUGGAGACAUGGUGCCCAAAACGAUUGCUGGCAAGAUAUUUGGCUCCAUUUGCUCCCUGAGCGGGGUGCUUGUCAUUGCUCUCCCAGUCCCAGUUAUUGUUUCCAACUUCAGUCGGAUCUACCAUCAGAAUCAAAGAGCUGACAAGCGACGAGCACAAAAGAAAGCCCGACUGGCCAGGAUCCGUGUGGCCAAGACUGGCAGCUCCAACGCCUACCUUCACAGUAAGCGCAAUGGCCUCCUUAAUGAAGCCCUGGAGUUGACGGGAUCUAUGAAAGAUGAACACCACAUCAGCAAAGCCACUUCUAUAAUUGAAAGUCAGCAUCACCACCUACUGCACUGCUUGGAAAAAACAACUGGAUUGUCCUAUCUUGGGGAUGAUCCCCUGUUAUCUGUACGAACUUCCACCUUCAAGAACCAUGAGUUCAUUGACGAGCAGAUGUUUGAGCAGAACUGCCUGGAGAGCUCGAUGCAGAAUUACCCAUCCAGCCGCAGCCCCUCCCUUUCGAGCCACCAAGGCCUGAGCACCUCCUGCUGUUCCCGCCGCAGCAAGAAGACAACCCACCUGCCUAACUCCAGUGUGCCAGCGACCCGGCUGCGGAGCAUGCAAGAGCUCAGCACCAUACACAUCCAGUGCAGUGAGCAGCCCUCACUUACAACAAGUCGAUCCAGCCUAAAUAUGAAAUCAGACGAUGGGCUGAGACCGAACUGCAAAGCCUCCCAAAUAACUACAGCAAUCAUCAGCAUCCCGACGCCUCCAGCACUGACCCCAGAAGGCGAAAGCAGGCCUGCCCCAUCCAGUCCCGGCCACUCAACGAACAUUACUGCUACGAGCAGCAACAUUGUCAAGGUUUCGGCUUUGUAAGGCUGUGUGGGUCAAAGGAGGCUGCUUGGAAGGCCUGCGUUUCUCUCCCCUUCCCCACCUCCAUGCUCCUCCUUUGCUGCAAAUUGUGCCUAGAUGAGUGGCUGGAUGGACAGUUAGACCAACCUGACCAACAUCUAAGAAUUAACUGUGGGAGCCUGACAAGGCAGCUUCCUUCAAACUCACGU